GGCGGGGCCUCGCCUGGAGGAUGCCGCGGAGCGGCCGGAGCUGAGGCGCUUGCUACGUGGGCAAGCCGGCACCGGGGCUGCCCUGCCCCUGGCGGGCGGAAGUGAUGGACUCAUCGAAUGUGCCAGAAUUUACUCCAAAACACGGGGUACCUCCAAGGCUUAGAGAUUACUUUACUGGUGCCAGCUCUUUUCAAAGACAGCUAGCAUCAGUCAGAAAGCAGACUCCAUUUGGUCAGACACCAUCUCGAAGGAAAAUUCCCCAGUGUUCACCAUUGCAAGAAAAUAUUGACCCACAAAAGAUUGCCUUUCUUCUGCAUAAACAGUGGACCUUAUAUACGCUGACUCCCAUGUAUAGGUUCUCCUACACUAACCUUAAACAGUAUUCUACACUUCUGAAGUGCUUCCUUGCUGCUGAAAAGCAAAAAGGACUGGCUGUGGAAAUGGGAGAGGAUUUUAAUUUCAAAGUGACUUUCUCCACUCUCUCAGGAAUGAAAGGAACACACCGGGACCCUGCAGCAUUUCUUAUACAGAUUGUAUCCAAAUCCCAACAGUCAUCAAAGAAUGCAGAAGAUAAAGUGGUAUGGACAGGUUGGUUUUGCUGUGUGUAUGGAGAUAGUCUUCUGGAGAAUGUGCCAGAUGAUUUUACCUGUCUACCUUUGUUCCUUGCAAAUGGGGCAGAGUCUAACACGGCCCUAAUUGGAACUUGGUUUCAGAAAACCUUUGACUGUCGAUUCACUCGAUUAACAAUUAGUGCAUUCAAUCUUUCCUGGAUGGCUGCUAUGUGGACUUCAUGUAAUAUGGAACAUUAUGGGACUGCUACAGAAUUGCUUUGGUCUGUACCCUGUAGCCCUCAGAGUUUGGACAUUUCUUAUGCAAUAAAUCCAGAAGAUGCAAAAGCUUUGUGGGACGGCGUCCACCAGACACCUGAGGAGAUAACACAGGAGGAAGUUGACCUAUUCAUAGACUGCCUUUGUUCACAUUUUCACAGACAUUUCAAAAUCAAUUUGUCAGCUACAAGAUUGGUCUGUGUGUCAACAUCUGUAGCUUCUGCACAUACUGAUGGGAAAAUAAAGAUUCUCUGUAGCAAAUAUCUGAUUGGAGUAUUGGCAUUUCUGACAGAACUGGCAAUUUUUCAAAUUGAGUGACUUUAUGUGGACUACACUCAUUGUGGAUUGAUUAUAUGCCAUUUUUGCCAGUAAGCUGUUUGGCUGAAAUGGGCCAGGUAUGUGAGCUGUGCCGUUGCCUGAAGUGGCCAUAGCUUUUCACAUCCAUCAUGGUGCCUGAGGAGUGGUCUCAGUGGGGAAGUCUAACAGGAAGCCAGAAGAAUGGACAAAGUAGCAGUGAUUGUGACAGGCAGGCCGGUGCUGCUUUGUCAGACAAGAUAAGAUGGCCUUCAAUGCCAGCUUUUCUAGAACCACUGGAGAGUGCUGAUUUUCAUUGUACAUCACCCUUUUUUAUUUCAUUUGAAGUCCUCUUAAAAUUGGUGUGGGACACUAAAACAAGUCUUUCUAAUUACAUAUGAAAGCCGAAGCCCAGUUGGCAUCUUAGAUUCAUCUAGUUAGUUUUGUCCAUUAAAAAAAACCUUUCCCUAGACAUUUUAGUUCACUUUCCUGGAGUGCAAUAAAAGCAUUUGCUGAAGAAAAGCAAGAGGGGAUAGAUUAAUGUGCAAAACUUUAGCUGCUAGUGUGCUUUUAUUUUGUAAUGACUUUAAUUAUUUUGCACUGAAUUAAAUAUGCAUAUUUUAACAUGACAUAAAAGUGUUUGAUUUUAAAAUGGUAGGUCUCUUUUCCUUUAAGGUUUCGAUUGUCAUCUCUUAUAUGGAGAGAGAGAGACAGCAUGGGCAUUUAGAUUCAGAAGACCUGAGUUGUUCAAAUUCUGAUUUUGUUAUUUCAUACCUGCAAAAGCUUGAACAAAUUACUUUUCUUCUAUACACCUGUUUCCUCAUCUGUAAAAUAUAGGGUUGAACAGUAUCAACUGAGAUAAUCUCUGUAUAGUGCUCAGCACAGUACCUGGCACAGAAUACAAAAUAGGUCCUAAAUAAAUGCUUAUUCCCUUCUAUUUUACCUUGAUAAUCUUAAAGGUCUCUCUAGCUCUAAAUCUUCUUCUUUGUAGAAAGUGGGAAGGUAAGCUUUCUUUCUAGCAUGGUAGGAUUGAGAUCUUUUAAUCCAAACCUAGCCUCAUGAAAAUAUCUAAUGUUUAGUUUAGUAUUAAAACAUAUGCCCCCUGGCUAUCGAUCCAGGUUUCUUUUCCUUUUGUACCACUCUAUAUCUGUAGGUCUUAGACCUGGAAGGGACCUCAGAGAUCACUUAAUCUAACUCCUUAUUUUACAGUGUCACUUAGGUAGAUCUGCUCUAAGCAUCAAAACCUUUGGAGAAGAGGUUUUUAUUAGUAGGAAGCCCGUAUCUGGUUAAAGGAUGAUUAUUUCUUUGAAUAUGUCUGAUCCUAUGGAAGAAAAAGCUUGAUUUCUUACAGAGUGCUUGUGAAAUAUACUACACAAGAUUAUCUUCAUAUUAAAACCUUGAUAGGAUUAACUCCCUGAAGACUGGAAGAUAAAGGACAACCAAUACCAGUGCCCUAAUCUUGGCCUACCUUCUUCAGCUGGGCAUUUACACAUGGGGAUAGCUGUAAGGACGUGUAUGAUCUAGCAUGUUCUACUCUACCUUCCUUCACUAGUUGGUGAUUGUUUAUAUGUACAUUCUAUUGAUACUCAAUUUGGAGAAGAGAUUUUUAACCUGCACAGAGCCACCUAUUAAACACAAAGAGCAAGACAGAAAUGCACAUGUUUUAGAUGAUUUGAAGGGGCUGCUUUUCCCAAAGGAUUUAGUCACUAAUACCUCAGGCUUCACAAGUCUACGUAUAUUUUCUUGUCAAUCAGCUUAGAUGGCAUCACAGAAUGUUUUUGUGUAAUAGAAUCGCUACAUUUUGCCAUCUACAUUGUCAUACCCACUGAGGAAGAUGCCAUCACUUUUCUAAUUAUACAUAUGAUAUGAUUCAAUUCAAUAAAUGUUUAUUGACCAUUUACAUGUGAAAUCUGCCCAAUAGCCAAUGAAUUAAUAUACCGUUGAUGGAUUUAAGCUCUUUGAAAGCAGGAAUUGUUGUAUUUUUGCCCUCCUUUAUAUGUCCAGCACUUAGAACUGUGCUGGCACAUAAGAAGUGCUUGCUGAUUGUUGAAAUAAACCAUACUAAUGCUGA